AUGAUGACUAUGACUCUCUGUAUUCUUCUUUACUCAGCUGCUGCUUCUGCGAAUCUGAAGAUCAUUAAUGGCCAGAAUUGUUCUCCUCACUCUCAGCCCUGGCAGGUUUUGCUGACCUUUAAUGGGUAUCGCUGGUGUGGGGGCUCCCUGAUAAAUGACCAGUGGAUAGUGUCAGCUGCUCAUUGUUACCACCCAGCUCACACAUUGGUGGCCUACAUCGGCGAUCACGACACCAAUGUUCACGAAGGGACCGAACAGUAUAUCGGCGCCUCCAAAGUCAUCAUUCACCCCCACUACAACCCCCAGACCCUGGACAACGAUGUAAUGCUGGUGAAGCUCUCCUCACCCGUCCAAUUCAACAGCUACGUGAGGCCCAUUGAGCUCUCCAGCUCCUGUCCCACUGCCGGCUUACAGUGCCUGGUCUCAGGAUGGGGAAACCUCCUCAACGACGGAGAAGUUCUGUACCCUGCUGAUCUCCAGUGCCUCGAUGUCCCUGUGCUGUCUCCGAGCACCUGCCAGAAGGCUUAUCCUGGUAGCAUCACGAGUAGCAUGUUCUGUGCUGGAUUCAUGGAGGGUGGGAAGGAUAGCUGUCAGGGGGAUUCAGGGGGGCCCCUGGUUUGCAAUGAGAAGUUGGAAGGAAUUGUCUCGUGGGGAAUAGGCUGUGCAGAGAGAAAUUACCCUGGAGUCUACACAAAAGUCUGCAACUAUACCUCCUGGAUCAGGGACACAAUGGAGAACAACUAG